GGCGAAUGAGCGCUCGCGCAUGCGCAGUUCGCUGCGUGCGCUCUGCUGCAGUGACAGUGAAUAUCAGCGUUUAGCUUUUAGCCACCGGGCCUCGUACUGCAGCACCGUUCAGGCCAAAUCCUGCCCACAUGUGACCAGAUACCAACAAAGCCGGCAAUAGGAAAUCUCAAUAAAAGCACAAAGGAGCUGGAACAGUAAAGCCAAACAGGUGGUUGACAACAGCCAGUGGGGCAGACAUGGGCGAUUCUGAGAAUGUGAAAGCAGAGGAGCAGCAGCAAUAUGUAAUUCUGCACUGCCCCACUGAUAGUCAUCAGCAUUCUCUGACUGGGGAAUCUCCCCCUCUACGUGACUCACUGAAGGAGAAAGAGAGUGAGGCAGAGGGAGGGACUGAUGACAUGAUGGAGCAGUCUGAGGAGGACCAAAACAUUUUGCCAGCACAGAGGACUGGUAGGCCAGCCAUGGAGCCAGUACCACUGCAAACCACUGAUGUAAUAAAUCAAAAUAUACCCUGUAAGACCAGUGAGACAGAACUCUUGGAAAUGCUCAAACAGGACAAUAAAUCAGACUCUCCCUCAUGUGAAGCAGAUGCUGACCUGGACCCUGACUAUGACCCUAAGAUUAACCCUGAUGGCAACCACCAGGGUUCAUGCAUGUUCUUCUGUCAGCACUGUCAAAGACGGUUUACUACCAAGCAAGGCCUGGAGCGGCACAUGCAUGCCUUGUCAUCCUGCCACACACAGAUAUUUAAAUGCCGCUACUGCCGAAAGUGCUUCAGUACACAGUUCUGCCGACGACGGCAUGAGAGAAGACAUAGUAACACCAAUAGAAGGACAGGUGGACUCAUAAUUAGCCCUGCUCCACAGGUUGUCGGAGAGACUCAGGGAAUGGUCUCUUCACAAGAGGAAGACCAACUUACCCUGACUUCCCAGCCAGUCAGCAACUCUCUUGUGCCUGAUUUGGAAGGAAGAGGUGACUCGGAUGAAUUUGGAGAAACUAAGUGCUCUUUUGCCUGCAAGUACUGCAAGAAAGCAUUUGGAACUCACACCAGCUUGCGAAGGCACGAGCGCAGGAUACACGAGCGACGUCUGUUACCCAGAGCAGUCCGUCAGAAAGUUGUAAACUCUCAUGAGGUUCAAGUUCAGCAUUCCAGUGGUGCGCCAGAAGCGUCUUCCAGUACACAACACAGUGAUGAGGUCAGGCAAGAAGAGGAGUAUAUGGUCGAUAUUUCCAGCAACAUCUCUGAGAACCUCAGCUUCUACAUUGAUGGGAAAAUCAUCUCCACCAGUGCUGUCACUAAUUGUGAAGUGAUGGAGCUGAAUUCCGCUGCUGCUGUGAUUGGUCUGGAUGCCUUUAUCGUCAACCAAGCUCAAAUUACACAGGCCCUUAAAAUAGAGUCUAAUGACUGCAGCAUGACCUCUGACCUCUGUGGUCAGUCCUCUGGCAGAAGGAGGACAUCUACCCCACCUUUAUUGCCACAAAUCAAAACUGAACUAGAGUCUGAAUCUAUCUUAACAACACCUUCCUCUGCCUCAGAAGGUACAUUGAUUGGCACUGUUUUCCCCCGGACAUUAGAGACCAUUGUUUUACAAAAAGAGAAAACUAUUUAUCUGUCCCCCAAGCUAAAGCAGCUCCUACAGAACCAGGACAGCAGUAAGCCAUCAUUUUCUCAAAUCAGUGAAGGCCAAAAACUCUGUCCACCUUUAUCACUAACACUUUUACCUGCAACAAGUAGCAGGUUUAAGAGAAGGACAACAUCCCCUCCUAAAUCUCCACAGCAAAGCAGUACAUCAGUGCUUAAAUCUACCAUUGUACAGGAAAUGGAUUCUUCUGCACCUAAAGUGCCAAAGAUAGACAGUCACUGCACAUCUACUGUGAUGAGCUUAUCUAAAAAACAAGAAAUGGAAACUGUAAAUCCAGCUACAAACAGUACUGAAACCACUCAGGAAGUUCUGCCAUUGGACUGCUCUGCAUCAGGGACUGGCGGCAGGUCAUGCAAUCAGCAGCCGCUAGAUCUCUCCAGUGCUGUGGGUAAGAGAGACAGUGAGGUCUUAGCUGAUUGUAUUCUGGAUCUGAGCAUGAGCAGAAAUCGUAUAGAGUCUGACUCAACUGGAUGUUUAGCCUUCCAGACAUCAGUUAGGAGGACUAAACCCAACUCAAGCAUGUUGGAGAAAGUAUUGCUAAGCCAGUAUGCUGCAGUGGAUGUUCCUACACCAGCAGAUGGAAUUCUCAAUGGUCCUUUAGCAACAGAUCUAGCAACAAUGGCUGUGUCUGAGCCAAUUCCUGCUAACCCUGAAAGUGUUAUGUUUGAGCUGCCUCCACCGUCUCCUCCUGCACUGAAUGCAACCCCUUCUCUGCCAAAUUCUGUUGCACUGCACACUGCCUCUCCAGCCCAGCCCCUUUCAGCUACUUCAGAGCCCACAGAGAUAUUCCUACCAGCGGAAACAUCCAUAACCAAUCAAGAGCUUCACCCUAUCUGCUCCACUGCUCAGUCCUCCAGUCCUGUAGUGCUCAACACUCCUGUGGAACUCGCUGUUGGAAAUUCUUUGACAGCUUUUAAUGUGUCUCUUCCCAAUUGGCUUAAUUCUGCCCCUGGAAGUGUGACCCAUGCACUCAUUCCCACAACCCCAAGUCUAAGUUUACAAGGUCCUCAGUUUCUUACAGAUGCAUCUGUGUGUGAACUAGCACAAAGGACCUUGGUGAUUGAUUCUGUCCUGUCACCUGAAGCACAUCUAAUUUCUCCCAUGUUGGUAAACCAGUCAAACAUCAGUUCCCUGAGUUUUUCUCCAAAUGUGGUUGUUAUUGAGUACACUGUUGCUCUGGAGUCGUCUAAUACCACCCCUGUUCCCCAAGCUAAUGCUGGUCACGCUCUCUUUGAUAAAACACCACCAGAUCACACUGAGGCACAAGAACCCCAGCCUUCCUCUCAACUACAGACUGCCAACAUCGAGCCAUCAGUUCCAGAACUGCCAGAGGAUGGCACUGUUGAAGCUCAAGAUCAACGACUGGACUCAUCAUCUACUGGAGAAUCAUUAGAGAAUUCAGUAGAUGCAGUACUGCCAUCAUUUGGUCCCAGUGGUUCAGAAAAAGUAGAGACAGCAGUGGAGCCUGCAGAAAAUUCAUCCACCACUGAUGAUCUCAAACUGGAAACCUCAGACUUUUCUAUACAGAACAACCCUAUGCGUGAGGAGCAAUCACCCUUGCCACCUCUAUGCAAACGCUUUAUGUGUAAUGCCUGUGAUGAGCUCUUCCAGUCCAUGAAGGGUCUGAGUCAGCAUAUUGUUGAACACUCAGACACUUGGCCGUAUAAGUGUGAAUUUUGUGUGCAGCUGUUUGAGAGUGACACUGGUUUAUUUGAGCACCGAUCCAGUUAUCAUGGCAUUGGUAAAAUCUAUGUCUGCAAAAUAUGCUCCAAAGAGUUUGCCUUUCUUUGCAACCUAGAGCAACAUCAUCGAGAUCUCCAUCCUGGUCAGGAGUGCUCACACACUGAAGUAGAAAAUGGUAAGUUAAGACCUGAAAACCAUAAUAGUCCAGUAAGAGCUGAUACUGUUACCACAACGUGUCCUACAAAACACAAACGUAGCCAGUCCUACCAAACAGCUCCAAAUCCAGAGGCUGACAAUAACUCUGAAAACACUACUGAGGAGUUAUACACUACCAUCAAGAUUAUGGCAUCUGAAAGUGUCAAACCCAAAGUUACCGAUGUGCGUCUUGGUAUUAACCAGCAUUACCCAAGUUUUAAGCCACCUCCAUUUCCAUAUCACAACCGAACACCAGUUGGACCAACCACCACCACGGCCACUAACUUCACCACUCAUAAUAUCCCACAGACUUUCAGCACUACAGUUCGCUGCACCAAGUGUGGCAGGGGCUUUGACAACAUGCCUGAACUGCACAAGCACAUAUUAGCCUGUGCUAAUGCUAGUGACAAAAAACGCUACACUCCAAAAAAGAACCCCAUUCCACUCAAGCAAUUUGCAAAAGUGCAAAAUGGAGUUCUGUUGCCCGCUAGAGGAGUCAACCUUAGACAGAAUGUUUCUCAAAAACUUGGACAACCAAAAAAGCUCCAUUGCCAUGAGUCAGAAGCUAAGACAAAGCUGAGUGCUCAUAGUAAGAGGAAAUCUAUGUGGGUACAAAGAGGCAGACCAGUAGGGCGAAAGAGCUCACAGGAGGAACUGGAGGUUUAUGUUUGUCCUCACUGUAGCAGGGAGUUCACUUACCAUGCCAGCCUGAAGAAACAUAUGGCUUUCAGCUGCCCAAUGAAACCUAUUUGCAGGAAGCCUCCAAAAAGAAAAGGUAGCAUUGCAUCAACACAGGAAAACCAUGGACGUAUCCGCACACGUGUAUCAGAUGUAAUAAUGAAACCACAAAGGUUAAAUCAAGGACAGAAAACCUUAGCCAAAACGCAGACCCAUGAAUCUGGUUCAGCCAGCAAUGUGAAUCUACCAGUCAAGGCUCAAAUUGGCAAAGGGAAAAUUACUGUGCGUAAUUUUAGGCCUAAAACAUCUGAUAUUCUCUCAAGCCCAGCAAUUCACAUAAGUAAAAAAAGUAGACUCAUUCUGAUGGAUGCCAUUCAGUCACCACUGGCAUCCAAGUCUUUAGUAGCACUAGGGAAAUCUCAGCAGCAGAGCAAUGGGGUACACAGUAUGGAGAGGAAAAUAAAGCAAAGAGAGGUUGAGUUGAAACCCUGCACAGAGGAACAUUUAUCUCUGCGAGUGAGAGGUCCCAUUACUCGCAGUCUACAGCAGGUUACAUCUAAUGUCACAUCUAAUACUAACAAAAAGACUAACUCGGCUAAUCCAGCGAAAUGCUUAGUCCAGACAGAUGAUCAGAAUGUCACUGCACAUCAGGCAGUUGAAGAAAUAAAGUCAAAAGACUUGAAGUAAAAAAAAAAAAAAGUUCAAAAAGGCAUUAAUACUGAAACUCUUGAUCUUGACCUAUGACAAGGUUAUCUGUAAAUAUUAUCCACUGAAGGUUGUUUUUUAAUAGAAAACUUUAACAUUAUAAGGAGACCCUGAAUGGGAAUGAUUGAGAAUUAGAUUUCUUAACUGUGCUCAAAACCGCAGUGUCCUUUUAACAAGGGCACUUGUUUAUAGUGAAAUAACACAACAUCUGUGGCAUACAUACAUUCAUAAAUCACCUAAAAUGGUUUUAAACCUGUUUUCACAUUCUUAGUCCUUUAAUACCAAACACUGCACAUUUUACUGUUUUCCUGUCUUAUUAACAAAAUACAUAUGACUUAAUAGUAAGUAUGGUGAGAGGAGGAAAGCAACAAAAAAAAAAAAGCAGUGCAGACGAAACUGGACUACAAUUGGGAAACACUAUUUUGUGUAUUGACACGCUUUGCAAAUUGGCUAUAUAGUAUAAUAAUAUAAUAAUAAAAUAAUUUAAAAAAGUAGAUAAAGGCAUUACAACUACUUACAUAAAACAAUUUUAUAGUACUCUAGUAGUUAGUUAUACAUUAGCAGAUCAUUUGCCAAAACAUAAGUUAACAGAGUUUAAUUGAUGAUCUUAUUUGCAUAAUGCAAACUCGUGUCACAAAGUUGGGUUGAAAUAUUCCUAUAAACACGAAUAUGUCUAUGAAUAUGUAUGCACUGAUAAUGAGGCCCUCCAGUAAUUUUUCAUAUAGACUAUUGUAGAUAUAUAAUGUUCAUCUGUCCUCUAAUGUCUCUAUUAAUCCUAAUACCCCUUAUCUAAAUAAUGCACUUAUUUUGUAUAGUUUAUCAAUAUCAGCUUUCAGACUGUUUCCAUAUGUAAAACAAUCAGUGCAGCAGCUACAGUCUGGGUUAUUACUCCUCCGCAGUCUGAAACAUCGUCAGUACUAACCUCACUGAAAACAUCAGCAGGCUUGAUAAAAUUCAGACACACUAUUUUUUUUUAUUUAUUUUCUAUAUGCACUUUAUCACAAUCGCAAUAAUUGGCUUUUAUGGAAGACAUUAGUGAAUUACUGAAUAUUAAUUAAUGUCAUAUCAAACAAGAAUACAUAUACUCCUCAUUAAGGAGACUAUAUUUGUUAAUUAUUAAAGCGCCAUAUAUCUGAUACUUAUUUUAAUACAUGUAAAUGUGGUGGUUGGUAGAUUUGAUUUGCUGCCCAUUUAAAGGCACAUUUCCGAAUGGGCAAGGGUACAUGGCAUAGUGUUAGAAAAAAAGAGACAGUGAGUAAAACUGGGUCAGCAUUGCCACUUCUGCCACAUCACUUCAGUGUCUUUUGUCACUGUAAAAGGGCAACAUCUGAGACAGGAAACGUGCAGUCUGUUCUGAGACUAUUAUGACUAUUAAGCACAUACGAGGAGCACUGUGUAGCAUUUGUUGUGUUAAUUAUAUUGAUGUCCUUAUGUGUGUAUGUUUUAAAAACAUUUGUUCUGUGAUUUGCACAAUCCAUGUUUAUAAGCCUAUAAUGUGUUGAAUAUUGGGAACAGUACCGUCAAUACCAUUUAGGGGAAAACCUAGAGAAAAGCCUUAAAGGUUUCUGGAGAGAACGUAGCUUUGCUGCUUUAAUGAUAAAUUAUAUUUUACUUCGGCACUGAAGGAUUGGUGUUAGAUUAGGAUUUGUCUAAAUAUCACUAACAGGGUUUUUUUUUUUGUUAAGUUAUAAUGGGUAAAAUGAACGGUAAUAAGGGUUCACGGGUAUAUGUUUACAUUAGGGCCCAUCACAUAAAAAUGGCCUGCUGAUUAGCUGACAAGAUGAGUUACUUUUUGUAUAUAAUAAAAGGUUAGUAAAGUCAAAGUACAUAAGCAUGGGCAUACAGUCUCAAACUUGAAUACAGCUGAUUAUAAAACAGUACUAUUAAUCAGAUUGGGGUUUGAGACUGAAUCCUUACCUUGCAAACAGAAUGACUUGAUUCACUUCAUAAAUGCUAGUUUUAAUUUAAAACACAUUUUAGCACCUUGUAAAUCAGCAUAUACCAUGAAUCUGAAAUUUCUGCUCUCAUACAACCAAACUAAAAUCAUGACACUCAUGUACUUAACCUGAUGGAGAAGCUGUGAAUAAAAAGGAUCUAUAAAUCCUAAUUUACUUGUGAUAUGUCUGUAGAAAACUAAUGUUAACAUCCAAAGCAUGUCUCUGUUUGAGCCACAGUGCUUUUGAAAUGCUGUUAUGUAUGAUGAAAUAAACUGCUCUGUGAUAAAUGCACAGGUAGACCAGUGUGUUUAUAUGGCAUGUUAACCAUUUUUCUACAUUCUAGGAACAAGACAUAAGAUUAAUCAAAUAAUUGUGAUAAUAAAAUAAAUUACAAUCUAUAGUUGUGAAAAACAUGACCACCCUGGCAACAUUAAAUGUCUGAUGGAUGCUGUGAACAAUAUUACUUUAAAAUAUUUUACCUUUAAAGGAUGUCUUUUGCCAGCAGAUGGCGUGCUGCAUUGCAAUAAUAUACAGGAAAUGAAACCACUUUCAUCCAUUUUCUGAUGAACAUCUGAACCAACAUCACAGCCCUGUAUCUGGCUUAGUAACACAUUUACAUUCAUUCAUAUGCUUUUAACCAAAGUGUCUUACAGAUGAGCCAGAAUUCAGUCAGAGGUUGAAGCUUAAAAGGAGCUCAGAGUGAUACAAAUGAUGCAAAACUAAGGUUCCACCAUCUGACAA